CAGCCUGAACUUUGGCCCAUGACACGAUAAGAGAACCAGAUAAACAAAGUAGCCUAUAUCUCCUUUUCAAUACCACGUCGACAAUAUUUUGCUGGGUUUUUCUUCGUUCGUUGGUCCCGUAGCAUCGUUGUUCAAGAAUGUUAAAAGCGGUAAUACUUAUAGGAGGACCUCAGAAGGGAACCCGUUUUCGACCUCUGUCAUUGGAGUUACCUAAGCCACUGUUUCCAAUAGCUGGAUUUCCCAUUAUUUAUCACCAUAUCGAGGCUUGCUGCACGGUAUCUGAAGUUAAAGAAAUCCUUCUGAUUGGAUUUUACCAGCCAAGUGAAUCUCUGAAUCGAUUUAUUCAAUCAACCCAACAGCAAUUCAAGAUAAAUAUUAGGUAUUUACAAGAGUACACUUCGUUAGGAACUGCAGGAGGCUUGUAUCAUUUCAGAGACCAAAUACUAAGUGGAAAUCCAGAGAGCUUUUUUGUUUUCAAUGGCGAUGUUUGCUGUGAUUUUCCUCUCAGUGACAUGUACAAUUUCCACAAGAAUCUCCCGAAUGGCACAAAGUAUACAAUCUUAGCAACAGAGGCAACAAGAAAACAGUCUCUAAACUAUGGCUGUCUGGUAGAAAAUUCAGAAACACAUGAGGUACUUCAUUAUGUAGAGAAACCCCAAACAUUUGUGAGUACCAUCAUCAAUGGAGGGGUUUACCUUCUGUCACCAGAGAUCUUUGAAAAAAUUGGCCAAGUUUUCCAAUCCCAUCAAAAUGAAAUAUUCAGUUAUGAUAGUUUCACUCCUGCAAAAGACUGCAUUCGAUUUGAACAAGACAUCUUCACCCCACUCGCUGGAUCUGGUAGCCUUUUUGUUUUUAAAACACAAGGGUUUUGGAGUCAAAUCAAAUCUGCUGGAUCUGCCAUCUAUGCCAACAGACUUUACCUUGGCUUAUACCAUCGAAACCAUCCAGAGCACUUAGCUCUCAACGGAGAUGCCAAACCCAAAAUCAUUGGAGAUGUCUACAUUCAUCCUAAAGCUAAUGUGCAUCCAUCUGCGACGCUUGGUCCAAAUGUGACGGUAGGGGAAAACGUAACGAUUUGCUCAGGCGUGCGUGUGAGGGAGUCCAUCCUGCUUCCUGGGGCAACACUACAUGACCAUUGCUGCAUCUUAAACAGCAUUGUUGGUUGGAACAGUGUAGUUGGUGCUUGGUCAAGGGUCGAAGGUACUCCAUCCGACCCCAACCCGAACAACAAACAUGCUAAGUUUGAUAGUGAUACAUUAUUCAACUCGGACGGAAGACUCAAUCCGUCCAUCACCAUAUUAGGUCAGAAUGUCACGAUUCCCUCUGAAGUUGUCAUUCUCAACUCCAUUGUCCUGCCUCACAAAGACCUCUCAUAUGGUGUCAAGAACCAAAUUCUGUUAUAGUCUUUAGCACUUGGCAUAAUGUGACUGUGCCAGAUGAAACCGUUGUUCUCAACUCCAUUGUCAUGCCAAGUAAGGAACUUGGAUCUUCCUACAAGAAUGAAAUUUUACUUUAAGAGAAGGAAGUUGCUACUAAUAAUGCUAUUGUAAUUUAUUGUUAUGCAUAUUGCUAUAUUAUGCUAAUAAGGCCAUUAUGUGCUUCACAUUAUUAUUCUGAUCAUUACUUAGGAUACUUUUUACCCAGGAAAAAAAAUAUGGAAUAUUAAAAGUAUGGGUGGAGUUGAA